CACAGAAUCCCCAAAGCAAAAGUUCUCCCUGCAAAACCUCCGCAGCUCCCGGCUCAAGAGAAACGAAGGAAGAGGGAAAGCGAGCAGAUUCACGUCUCAGUUCCGAGCUCAUUCAGUGCUCGAUACCAUGCCGGAUGUUUCCCUAGUCAACGACUUCAUCGUCAAGCUCAAGAAACGUAAAAUCGAGGGCUCCAAAGCGACGGCCAAGCUGACGGCUGAGCUGCUUCGCACUUUUAUUUCGCAGCAGAGGCUUCCGCAUGCGAACCAGGCCGGAGCUCUCAUCGACGCCGUCAAAGCCGUCGGGGAAAGAUUAAUUGAUGCCAAUCCUGUAGAACUUGCUGUUGGUAACAUUGUGAGGCGCGUUUUACAUAUUAUUAGGGAGGAGGAUGCAUCCUUAACUACUGAUGCAAUUGGUGAGUUAAAUAUAUCAGCUGGAAGUGAUGAUGAAGACCAUAUGUAUCAUGAUGAUCAUCCAGAUUUAUCUGCUGCUGCUGUGGUAGCUGCUGCCCGGAGCACAUUGAGGGCACCUUCCUUGCAGACUUUGCUUGAAGAUUUGCCACACUCAACAACUGUUACCAAUACUCCUUCCUCCGGAGGAGACUCUGAAGGAAAAAGUAAAUCUGCUGAUAAGAGCUUGCAAUCUCGGAAACUGAAGCAUAAUGUCAUUGAGGCUGUUAAUGAUCUUAUCCAAGAUAUAACCACUUGCCACGAACAAAUUGCAGAACAGGCCGUGGAACAUAUUCAUCAUAACGAGGUAAUAUUGACAUUAGGCAGCUCAAGAACAGUAUUAGAGUUUUUAUUUGCUGCAAAGGAAAAGAAGAGAUCAUUCCGAGUUUUCGUUGCAGAGGGUGCACCAAGAUAUCAGGGACACACUCUUGCGAAAGAAUUGGUUGCAAGGGGACUGCAGACCACUGUCAUUACAGAUUCUGCUGUUUUUGCAAUGAUUUCUAGAGUGAAUAUGGUUAUAGUUGGAGCUCAUGUAGUCAUGGCCAACGGGGGAGUUAUAGCGCCAGUAGGGAUGAACAUGGUGGCUUUAGCAGCCCAAAGGCACGUUGUUCCUUUUGUUGUACUCGCAGGCGUUCACAAGUUGUGUCCCCUAUAUCCGCACAACCCUGAAGUUCUACUAAAUGAGCUGAAGUCCCCAUCCGAGCUAUUGGAUUUCGGAGAAUUCUCAGACUGUCUGAACUCUGAUAUUGGCUCUGGUUCCCCUCUCCUACAAGUUGUCAACCCUGCAUUUGAUUACGUGCCUCCCAAUCUAGUCAGCUUGUUCAUCACAGACACAGGUGGGCAUAAUCCUUCAUACAUGUACCGUCUCAUUGCUGAUUAUUACUCUGCGGACGACAUGGUGUUGCAUUGAACUUGUGCAUCCUUCCUAGAGUGAACUGCUUUCUUUGUCCGGCCACAUUUUUCGUUUCUAGUUUUUUUCCCUGUUUGGACAAUUUUUUAUUUGUGGGUUAUAGAUGAAUGAAGCAUUAAAGCUUUUGUUAUUACUGCCCUCACAUAUUAAAAAAAUCAAACUAAAUAUGUUAAGGGCAUAUGAGAAGUGAAUUGUGGUUCUCAAAACAAGUAUACAGUCUCUGCAUUUGUAUUGAUAAGAAAAGCUAGGGGUAGAGAAUGGGUUUGGAAAAUGAUAUGAUUUGACGAAAAUGGGUUUAAAA